GGAGAAAACGUCAACAUAACACUGCAAUAUAUGUCUUGACAUAUGUGAAGUUUUGUGGCUUACGUGUUUUCAGAGUUACUGUUUCCAACACUUGUUAGUUUCAUUUUAUUGACUAAUGCAACAUUGCUUGAGAAGGGACACAUACAAUACUCAUCAGAAGUUCACUCACCAUGUUCUACGUGCUGAAGAUUUGUGUGGUUGUCCUUCUAGUUGAGGGAGGAUGCAGAGCAGCACAGAACCACACAACAUGCAAACCUGGACACUUCAUCAAACACCCUGGAAUUCACUCCAAUGACAAUGUGUGUGAAAGCUGCCCUGAAAAUUCUUUCUCAAAUGGAUCUUCUACAUUCUGCACACCACACACAGACUGUGAGGCAAAAGGACUUUGCACAGUCAGACCAGGAGACAGUAUGUCUGACGCUGAGUGUGGAGAACGCAGUCGGAUUCCUGUUAUUGUUGCGAUCAUAGCUAUAGUUUCUGUUCUCGUUGUUAUUGUUGGUGAAGUUUUGAAAUUCAAAUAUAGAAAAAUAAACAGAGAACUUCCUCUGAAUGUUCUAUUCAGACCCGUGUAGAACAUCAUCUUGCCAACAAGGGUUUGCAUAAAACUGGACUCUUCACAUUCACCACUUGUUGAAGUUAGUCCAGGUGAGCAGACAGAGACCCCAGGAAACAGAUGGAUGACUGAUGAGGGGCCUCUGCUAAAAGGCACCACUAUGUGUGAUAAACAAAACAUCGCUGACAGUUGCAGACCCUGCUAAAUCAAAAAGUUCUAUAUUCAGACUUGGAGGAUGUUUCUUCUGAACUGGUGUGCGGAUAAAGCUGCAUCAAACAAAAAAAGAAUCAGUGCACUAACUCAUACAUAGAAAGUUCCACAAACACCCUGAUUAGGGGUCAAU